AUGGACGAGACAUCCGAAUUAUCUCCCAUUAAUCGAUCUAUUUCGGUGGCGGAAUUGGUACGUCCUGUGAAGGAAGAGGAGUCUGAUAUCACGCCAUCGGCAGCUGACGAAUGUUCUCACCGUAAAAACUGUCUCUACGCAGCAUUGAGAGCUAUCUCGCUCAAUAUGCUAGUGAAUCCUGAAGCAGGUAACUUCGGAAAACGGUAUGUACUCACUCCGGAAACGAAGACCAUUAUCUCCAACGUGAAGCAGUUCUUCGUAACGCUCAAGGAACAUCUCGGACCCGACGUGCGCGGAACCAUUUUCAGUUCAGUUACAGCCAUAACUGCUACGGCUUGUGCUGUAAGCGACACCACUGUUGCAAGGGCUAGCAGUUCGCGGCCUCGCCAAACGAAAACUCAGCGGUCUUCAGAAGAGCAUUUUGGUUCGUUUCUGGUUCUUUGUCUUUUUAGCUAG